AUGAAUGCUGAUAUUGUGAAAGAAAACGACUCUGAAAUACUUACAAAAGUGUUGAGUGGUUCAUUAUCAAACUCCGAAAUUUAUCAGUUGUUGUACAGUGCAGUUGUUGAUAAACACUAUAGUUUUUUGCAGUGUCUUUUGAAGCAUUCACGAUUAGACUUCUAUGAACCUUUUGAAGCAGAUGGGUUUCGUCUGCCAAUUCUACAUCAUGCUGUUCGAUUGGGUGACUUUAAUGCUUUCAAAUUACUCUUGGAAUAUGGUUUAAAUCCUCUUGUAUGUACUGGUAUUUGUCAACAAAAUGACACAGAAUUCAUCUGUGAAGACAUCAUACAAUUUGCAUUUCGUUUUACAUCUAAUCCAAAUAAUCAGAAAUCUAUAUUACUAUUGUUUCAAACAUUUUUACACAAACUAAUUACUAACCUCGUGGAAGCUUGUCGCAGAGGUGAUGAUAAGUCGAUUGAACAAUUAUUAACAUCGUCAUCAUCAGGAAGUUUACGUAUUCAUUGUACAGUUAAGAGGUUUGCUAGUAGACAAUUUCAUUUAGUGGUGAAUUCGUCAAAUUCCUCUCAUGAUUCAUCUACCGAUCAUGUUAAUGAUAGUACUAAACCUAUUCAUCAACCAUUAACUAGUCUAAUAUCGAAUCGUUUGAAAAGUUUCAAAUUCAAUCGACGAUUAUCAUGGAUUACAGGAUCUAAUCGAGAUAAUGAAAAGAUGGAGAAGAAGGAGAAGCAGGAGGGACAGCAACAACAGGAUCGACCUCAAACUAUGUUGGAAUCAUUAUCAUUAAAAGAAAUUUUACGCUGGAGUUCUGAUGGAAUUUCUGAAUCAUAUAAUUUACAAUCCAUGAAUAAUGAUCUAUGGGAAUGGGCAAGGAGUCAAGUUAAAUCUCUGUUGGUUAUAUGUGUACAAAAUAAUUACAUACGAUGUCUUAACAAAUUAUUACAAGUUGGUUUUGAAGUUAUCCCAGUGAAUUCUUCUUUAUCGUCAACCUUCUCAGCAACUGAAGAAAGUGUAGAACUGUUAAAUCACAACCAAGAAAUCAAUCAUGAUUCAAAAUUUAAUGAUGGAUUGAGAAUUUUAGUUGAAGAUAUUAGUUCUAUUGGAAAACAACAAUUAUGGAUUGAAUCCGUUUGCUCCAAUCAAGAAAGUGCUAUUCAUACUGCUGUACGACUAAAUAGAGAAGAAGCAGUCAAGUCAAUAAUUCAGUGGGAACCAUAUUCAUUAGCUGUUACAUGUCAUAGUAACAAUGAUUUAUCAAUUGGUAUAUUACCAAUACAUAUUGCUUGUGCUUUAAAUCGUUUAAAUUGUUUACAAUUAAUAUUAACAAUGAAUACAUCCACAUUGUAUUUGAAUAAUGAUCAUUAUAAUAUUGAAAACAUUGAAUCUAAACUUGAUUCAAAUCAUUGUAAUCUAUUUUCUUGUCGAAUAAAUAAAUCACCAGGUUUAUAUAAACAUUAUUAUUGUAUUGAUCAAUUGGAUAGUUAUAAUAUGACUGGCUUUCUUUUAGCUGUAAUACAUGGUCAUGUGGAUAUUGUACGUCAGUUAUUAAAAUAUACAGUGAAAGCUAAAAAAUUAAUGAAUUCUACAACAACAGAAUUGAAUAAUUUCAACAUUGACAUCAAUCUUGAUCAUUUUUAUCAACAUCAUUCAACUGUUCCUGAUAAUAAUACUAGUACUAUUAAUACUACUGAUAAGUUUACUUGCUCUAACCAACUAAAUGUUUUGGGCAAUCAACAUUCGUCAUUAACUGAUACCUAUAUAGAUCAUACUGUGUACUAUGAUGUAUGUCCAAUUGAUAUUUAUCGAAAAAUUUCAGCUUGUUGGUAUUUUUUUACUUCCAUUGAUAAUAAUAAUUCUACUUCAUUGAAUUAUAAUCGACGAUCAUCGAUUAUUAUUAAUCCUCGAUGUCAUCAAAGUUUAGAUGACCAUGCGAUUUGUGGAUAUUUUAAUGCAUUACAAUUGUCUGUAAUGACUGGAAAUAUUGAUACAGUUUCAAUUCUGGUAGAUUAUCUCAGUCAAGAAGUGAAUACAUUCUGUACAUCUUGUAUGCAUGGUCAGUGUUAUAUUCCUCAAGAUAAUUCUACGUUAUCUACGUUGUCGUUGUCGAAUCCCACCUGUUACAGUUCUCAUUUAACUGAUGAAAUAGUGUCAUCUAAUUUAAACUCUACAAAUCUACAAUCAAUUAUUACAACUCCACUUGGUUUAACAUGUUGUCUAGCGGAAACUGAUGAAAAUAAAGCUAUUGAAAUAGCUUCAAUUCUAUUGAAUAUUGGUGCAGUUGAUUUGAACAAUCAAUUAUUUGUAUACAUGAUGAAAAAAUCAUUUUAUAAGUUUGCCGGUUUGCUGUUUAUACAUGAGAUACUACUUAAAUCUACUGAAAUAAACAAGCCUAUUGAAAAAGAUUCUACAGUUAUUAUAAGACAUUUAAAUUUAUCUAACAUGAAAUCUCUUCAAUCUUCAAUAAUAUCAAAUUCAUUCUGGUAUUUAAAUUCUAUCAUACCACAAUGGAUUAAACUUCUAGAAGAUCUAUCGAAAUUCAACUAUGUCAGUUCAUUGAAAUCGUCAUCAUCAUCAAUGUCAACAUCAGUAAAGCAGGAAUCUACUAUGAAUGAAAAUAAUGAUAAUCGUGAAUUAUAUAAAUAUAUUAGUCAACUAUUUUUAUCACUUCUACGACCUACUUUCACUAUGAAUUUUUUCAAUAAUAUAUCUAAUCAGUUGAUUACACGUAUUACAAUGUCAAAUUGUGGUUUAAAAACACUUCCAUGGUGUUUAUUUAAUUGUGUUAAAAAUUUAAAGGAAUUAGAUUUAAGUAAAAAUCAUAUUCGAAAUUUACCUACACAAUUACCGAAUGUUCCAAUGGCAUAUCGCUCAUGUCAAUUCGUCUCUACUUGUUGGACAUCUAGUUUGAUCUAUUUAGAUUUAUCAGAGAAUUAUCUGGACUAUUUACCAUCAUGGUUAUUUGUCAAUAUGUAUGAAUAUGAACAAGGCAUCAUAUCGUCCUCUUGUAAAGGAAAACUAAACAACAACGUCAUUGAUUCCCAUCCUCUUCGUCGAUGUUAUUCAGAGACCUCAAUCAAUACCACUACUUCUUCAUUAUAUCAUACAACAGUGAUGAAUGAUUCUUUUGCACCAAAUUUGUUACAUUUAUUAUUAUCAAAAAAUCAAUUACGUGUACUACCAUCGGAAAUAUGGACAGGCUCAUUAUGGUGUAAAUUGGAAUCUCUUGAUUUAAGUUGGAAUAAAAUUACUUACUUACCAAUGCCGAAUUUAUUAAAAGUACAAUUUGAACAUUCGCGACAAAUGUAUAAGCAAUCAUUAUAUAUGAAAACACAAUGCCUAAAAGCAACUGACAAAAUCAAUUACUGUACUCUAUUUCCAAAUAGUACUGAAGGAGUUACAUUUAAUUUUAAUUCAGAAAGUGUUUCAUACCUACCGACUGAUCAACUGAUAACUACAAUAACAAAUCAUUAUCAACCUGUAGAAAAUUAUAUUACUUCUAAUAUUAACAAUUAUAAUGACAAUCUAUUUGAAAGAAAACUUGUUGACUGUUUAUAUCAAUAUGAACAACAUACAAGUCAUCUUACACAUCUUUGGUUACAUCAUAAUUGUCUUAAAACAUUACAGUUAACUCAUUCAAUUUCUUCAAUCAACAAUUAUUCAACUCGUAUACAUUCAUCGAAAUUAUUACAUCAAAUAAGUCUUGCUCAAAUUUGUCCAAAUCUUCUAUAUUUAGAUGCUAGUUAUAAUUCUAUUGAGAAUUUUUUCGAUUUAUUUUUAUGUCCAGAAUCUAUCAUUUAUAUUGAUUUAAGUUAUAAUCAUAUGAAAAUCCCUGAUGAGCAUCAUCAUCAUCAUGAUUAUGAUUCUCAAUCAUCUUCACCAUUGGCAUAUUGUCAGUUUGAAACUUUUUCUAAAUCAUUUUCGAUGAAUAGAUGCCUUUCUGAGAAGAAUAGAUCCAACUCUACAUCAUAUUCAUUACGUAAUUGGAAUUUAAAUACAUUCUCAAUGUAUAAUUAUUACUCAAAAUUGGAGCAUCUCAAUUUAAGAGGCAAUCAAUUUCAUAUAUUCCCUUAUUGUUGUUAUACUAAUACAUUAAUCGAUAAACUUAAUCAAACGAAGAGAUUCAAUGAAUUUCAACUGAUCAAAUCACUUUCAUUUGGUAUACAGUCAUCAUAUGAAGUAAAUUUGGCAUCAUCUUAUUUAAUGUCAACUGAAAAAGAAAUUUUGCUAUUAUUUUCAAAAUUGAAAUCAUUAGACUUAGGUGAAAAUCCUUAUUUAAAAUGUAUCUGUCCUAGUCUGUUACAUUCAAUGAAUUUACAAUACCUUUCAUUGGAUUGUUGUAUAACGUUGUGCGAGCUACCGGGUGAUUUAUUUCGUCUGCCAAAUCUACAAAGUAUUUUAUUAAAUAAAACACCAUUUAUCAAACAUUUAGCAACACUGAUCGAUCCUACUUUAAAAGUAAACCAAGUUGUUGGAAUACAAGGCAAUAACAAUAAUGAUAAUGAUAUUAAUGAUUAUCCAAAUUUGAAUGAAAAAAUCUACACACGACGUAUACUUUCAUGUUUGAAAUCAGUAACAGAUCAAUCCUAUCCGUAUACUCGAUUUCGUGUAAUGGUUGUCGGUCCAUCAGGAGUGGGUAAAACUACAUUAGUUCGUUUGUUACAAGCAUCUAAAACUGAGAAAUCUUCCUAUCAAACUAAUUUCAAUGGAAAUCCAUUUGAAACUGAUGUGCAUACAUCAUCAUCAUCAUCAUUGCGAUCUAAUGAAACUGAUAAUAUACCAGAUCAUCUUUUACCUUCAGUUCAAAUUACAAAUUUAACAAUAAGUCGUCAUAAUAACAGUAAACCUAAUGAAUCUAUUAACGCAAAUGUUUCAAGUGGAAUUACUAAUAAUAAUACUGAUACUAAUCGUAAUUUCUGUGAGGCAUUAUCAUUCAGUAUUUGGGAUUUGGAAAAAAGUGUGAACACCACCAUAUCAUCUGUUAAUACUACUGCUAAUAAUAAUGAUAAUUUUGAAAGUAGUAUGUCUGAUAUGUCUUCUGAAUUAGUUUUUCCAUCCGAAGUUAUAAUUAAUACUCAAUUGGGCAUACAUUGUCAAUUAACGAUAUAUUUAGUUCUGUGGAAUACAGUCGAUGGUGUAUUAGGAUUGAAUCGAAUUACUCCAUGGUUGAUGAAAAUCAAGUCAAUUAAUCCAAAUUGUCCAAUUAUAUUAAUUGGUACUUACUUAUCAAAUAUCAGUAGUAUAAAUAAAAAAACAAAAAAUAUCAAAAGUCAUUUCAAUUUAAUGAAAAAUAUUAUUCAUAAUAGAUUUUAUAAAAAUUCCGAUUUAAAUGCUUAUGGAUUACCAUAUAUAUAUAAUUAUAUGUUUAUAAAUUUAUCCAAUAUAAAUGAUAAUAAAUAUGAAAGAAUACAAAAGAAGAUAUCUAAAUUAAUUACAUUAUUGUAUAAUGCUGCUUAUCAUUUUAAUAUAACAAAUCGUACAGCUGAUAUUAUGUUACCGAAUAUAUCAAUCAUUCCAAGUUUAUCUCAAUCAUUUUUACAAUUAUCAAUACCGAAAUUAUAUCAUUUAGCUGAUAGUAUAACACAACAAUUAACUAUUGAAAUAUUCAAUAAUCAAUUGAUACCAAUUAUAGAAGUUAAUAGAUUUAUAUUCGAGUUGAAUAAAUGUCUUUCUAAUUUGCUGCCUCAUCCGAUAAGAGUUUGUUUUUCAUCAAAUAAUAAUAAUAACAAUGGCAGUGCUCCUGUUGACUUAUUGUCCACAUCGUCGUUGUCGUCCUCGUCGUCACCAUCAUCAGCAUCAUCUUCAUCAUUAUACGUAACUUCUUGUAUACAUGGAUUUUAUACUUAUGCUGAUAUCAAAAGUAUAUUAUUAUUUCUCAAUCAUAUUGGUACCAUUCUUUAUUUUAGUCAUCAUAAAUUAUUAAAAAAUUAUGUCUUUUUAUCACCUCAAUGGUUAUUGAAUACAUUAUUAAAAUUAAUGAUGAAUAUACAUAAUAAACAAUUAAGCGAUAUGUUUAAGAAUUGUCAUACAUUAAAAAGAACAAAAUGGAUGAAUACCGACAAUGUUCAACGCCGAAAUUGUGAUGACUUCAUGAGAUCAUCAUCAGAUAUAAGUCAGUUACAGGAUCAAGUAAACGAUGAUGAUGAUAAGGAUAGUAAUCAUAGUAAACAUAUUCCUAAUAUUGUAGAUAAUAAUAAUUCAUUUUAUUGGAAACGUAAUUCAGCUCUUAUCGAUUCGUCUUACUUAACUGAUUUAAUUAAAUAUUCCAUGAGAACUAGGAAGAUAGUCAAUGAUAAUACUAGCCAUAUCCAUAUGAACAACCUUCAUGAUAUACCACUAGAAGAAAUCUUUCUAGGAUUAUUUAAACAAUUUGGUUUAAUGGUUUCCAUUAUUACUAAUGAUGAUCUUAAAUGUCAACAUUCUGAUAGCUCGAAAAUGAGAAAACAUAAAAAUCAAUUAUUAUUACUGCCAUCAUUAUUAGCUGCGCGUUGUUUUCAACCGGGACGUUUACAUUCUUAUUUACAACCAGCAGUGAUUAGAUAUGAGGAGAACUAUCCAUCUGUAAAACAAGGUUCAUAUCUUCGUUCUCAAUCACUUGGUGUUUCAACUUAUCGACCGAGAUAUACUGUACACCGCAUGCAGUCGAAAUUGCGACCUGUAAAUAAUGUGAAUACAGUUGAAAGUUGUAAUAAUACUAAUAAAAAUAAUAAUGAGGAAACGAAUCACCCUAGAUUGUCGCGGUUUUUAAGUUGGCAUGUUCAAACUUCUGUCAGUAAAGAAAUUGUUCGAUUAUAUGCUGUUACUUAUGUACCAUUUGGAUUUUGGACAGAAUUGUAUACAAGAUUAUUAAAUGAUAUAAGUCUAAAUGAGAUAUGUGGACGCAUCUAUAACUUAUCAAAAUUACCAUCUGAAUUAUUUCAGCAAUUAUUAUGCAACAAUGAUAACUUCAAAAAUGGCUUUCAAUAUAAUUGUUCCAGUGGUAGUUGUAAUGAACAUGGUCAUGUUGACAAUUGUCAUACAUUUAUGAAUACAUCAUCACAAUGUAGUUUAAAGCCUGAAUGGACAGUAUGGAAACGUGGUAUGCGUCUAUCACUUGGUCAUGGUCAAAUCGGCUUAGCACGUUUACAACAAUUGACACGUGCCAAUUGUGCAUUGUUGAGAAGUCAAUCUUUCAAACAAUCAUUUUUGAAUCUUGCCAACAAUCGACAAUCACCAUCGUUACGUGCUUUUGUUUCUUCCUGUUCUCCUCGUUCUUCGUCUUUUUCUUCUACUAGAAAUACAAAUGAAUUAAUUUCAAAACUUCUUCCCCAAUCUUAUUAUCAUGAAGAAUGGGAUGAACCAUGUGCUAUAGUUGGUGAAGAAGUUAUGAAACAAAAUAAAAAAUCAAUAAUCAUGAAUCAAAAUAUUUCUAAUCGUGAGAAGGACUUUAUUUCGUUUAAUUUACAACUAAAUAAUGAUUUUGUUUAUCGUAGUGGUGUUGUAGAAACAAUUAAACAUUCAUAUGAAGGACGUUGUUUACGGUUAAUGCAUUGGGUAGUUCAAGAUGAUCAAAAAAAGGAAGAAUUUCAAUCAUUUUCUACGACAAUGAAAACAAUGACAACAGAAUCAUCAACGUUAGCAACAACAGCUUGUCAGGAACAAACUGUAAUGACAGCAUCUGAUUUCAGAAUACGUUGUAACCAUGGUUACCUAACUGAUCAAGAACAUGAUACAUUCCAAAACUCAUGUCUUAUUGAAAUUUACUUACCAAAUUUAAAUAUCUACUGGGAAUAUAAACAAACUGACAAAUAUCCAACAGUCAAUUCUAAUCAAGCACAAAACCAGUUGGAAGUUAUUAAUUCUCUACGAAAUCAUUCUCAACUUAGACAAAAUAAUUUAAGUCCAGAUCCUCAAGCAAUUGCUGAACUAUUAACAAAAUUAGUCAGUCAUAUUGACACAUUAUUAGAAGAUUGGUAUCCAGAUCUAGGAGUGAAAUUAAAUCAAUCUAAUGAAGGUAUUUAUUUAGUUGAACGUAUUAUCCCAUGUUGUGCCUGUCUUGCUACACCAAACCGUUAUCUCAAUAAUUUUUCAAGACAAUCUCUUAGUUUUUCCACCGAUAACCAUCUACAAAAUAUGAUGAAGAAUUUCUCUUCUAGUGGUGUCAAUAAUCAGUUUAAGGAAAUGGACAAAAACCGCAAUGGAAACAAGUAUUGUUUAAAUCAAUUCUCAUUACAUAAUAAGAAAUUAUCUAAAUCUGUUCAAUUUUUAAAUCAUACUGAUAAUCAAUUGAAAUCUUCUUAUUUGAACUCAUCUAUAUUAUCCAUUACAAAUGAUCUAUUCACUAGUGAUAGUAAUAAUAAUAAUACGAUCACGGAGAAAUAUUUGGCACAUCAUAAUAUGUCUACUUCUUCGAAAUGGUCAUGGCCUUUUAAAUGGAAUCGAUAUAAAAGAGCACACUCAGCAGAUCCAUUAAAAAUUACUAACGAUAGUAAAAAUGAAAAUGGUAAUCAAAAUAAAUUAACCGAUCCAUCAACAGCCUAUACGUCGUUUGUUUAUGGUAUCAGUGUUAGUGAAUAUAUUCAUUGGUAUGUAAUGAAGAAAUCAAAUAAAAUAUUACAGCCUGGAGGAUUAUAUUGUCCUAUACAUUCAUCUAUUCAGUUAUGGGCUCCAGAUUUACAAUUUAAAGAUAUUCCUUCAACACUUUUUAUUUCUACUGAUCGUGUCCAUUUAUUGGAAUUUCUUGGACGUGGCGCUUUUGGUUCAAUAUUUAAGGGUUCUAUAAAUAAUUCUCUUCCAAUUAAACAACAACAAACAGGACGAUUAUCAAAUAAAAUUCCACUUAAAACAACCAACCAAUUCAACAACAAUCACACCAAAGAAUUCAUUCGUGAAGUAGCCGUAAAACUUUGUUCUCCUAUUCAUCCAAACUUAAAUAGCAGUAGUAGUAAUUGUAAUCCUAUGUUUAAUUCUGUCGAUUGUGAGCGUAUCAAUUUAUCAUCGUCGAAAGAGAAGUGUUCUACUUCGAAUCUUUCCGAUGCUUUGUUUCUAUAUCGUCAGGAGCAACGUAGAUGGUUGCAUAACCCAAUUGAAGCCUGUUUAACUGCUUAUCAGGAAAUUCGAGCUGAAUUGAAUAUUCUGUUACCGAUUACAAGAAAUUCAUUGUAUUCCGAUCAGUAUUCUUUUUCAUCAUCAUCAUCAUUAUUAUUAUUAUAUCAUAAGAGUAAACAUACUAACCGAUUAUGUAAUAGUUAUAGUAUCCAAGAGAAACGAUCUAAUCAAAGUUGUUUUAAUAAAUGUUUACAAAAGAAUAAAUUAAAAGAUUCGAAUAGUAAUGAUAAGGCAAAUAAUAUUAGUAAUAAUAACUUACUUAUAUGUUAUGGAAUUAUAUAUCCUAAUCCUAUUGGAUUUCUAAUACCAUUAAUACCAUUAGGCAAUUUAUCGGAUUAUUUCACUUCCCUAUUAACAUCAUAUCAAGAUUUAUUAAAGACAACAGUGAAUACAUUGGAAAUAUCCUCAGUAACAACCAAUUGUAUGAAUGAAUUAUUUAUUAAUCAUCCAUUACAUCCAAUCACAAUGAUGUUAAUUAUUAAUCAGGUAGCUAAAGGACUUGCAUAUCUUCACUCUUUAUCUAUUGUUCAUCGUGAUGUAAAAUCGGAAAAUAUAUUAAUUUGGUCAAUACCACCACCUUCUACAAUGAUGACGAUGAUGGCGUCAUCAUCAUUGGCAUCGAAUGAUCAAAAUCCAUCUAAAGUACAUAUUGUACUAACUGAUUAUGGUGUUAGUCGAUUCAUGAGUGUACGUGACGAUGAUGAAGGUGAUAAUGGAUGCAGAGGAUAUGUUGGUACACCUGGUUAUAUGGCCCCUGAAAUUUUAGACUAUAUAGGUGAACAAACAUAUACUUCAAAGGUUGAUAUUUAUGCUAUGGGAAUUUUAUUAUGUGAAAUGAUUCAAUUAGAACAACCGUACAAAAAAUUAUCAUCGUCAUUUUAUCGUUUAGCUCAACAAGUUAUUUCAGGUGUACGUCCUGAUAUUCCACAGCAUUUUAUUAAACGUUGUCCUAUUACAUUAAUCAAUUUAAUGACAUAUUGUUGGGCAUCAGAUUCAAAUAGACGACCAUCAGCUGAACAAAUUGUACAUUUAACUAAUUCAUAUCAAUUAUCUACAUCAUUAUUAUCAUUAUCAAAUGAAAGUAUUAUCAAUGAUUGUAAUGAUGAUAAUAUGAAGAAGGAAAAGAAGUCAAAUUCAUUAUCAAUUCAUUAUCAAAAUAAUUGUUUUAGUCAUAUUCAAUCGGUUCAUUCAAUUGAUUUUUUGAAAGUUGUAACUUGUGCUGUAAUAGACAAUAAUUACAAUUUAUGGCUUGGUGGUUAUAAUCCUAUUCAUGAAUCAUUCAUAUUGAAUAAUAAUAAUGAUACACAAUCUAUCAAAUUGGGUUUAUUAAUCAUUAUUCCUUUGGAUAGUUUCUCUACAAAAUCAUCAUUAUUAUUGGCUUCUUGGCCAAAAAUCCAUGUAUUAAAACAAUAUUUUAAAAGUUUUAUAACCCAAUAUAACUUAUAUAUUAAAUUAUCCGAUUGGCCAAUUCAUUUAUGUUUAUUGAAUAUGAAUGUUGAUGAAGAGAUGGAAAAAAGAUGCAAAAAUUCUGAUAUUUCACCUCAAUUAAUAACUUGUUUAACAUACUUUGGUGAAUUAAAAAUAUAUGGACUAAAUAAUCAACAUUCUUUAAAGUAUGUUUGUCUUUCAAAAAUACAAUUAUCGCAAUGUUGUUCUACAGUGAAUCGAAUCUCCACAUCAACUACUAAUGACAAUAAUAAUCUUUUUCAAGAAAUCAAUAUGAUACUUAGUUGUAUAAAGUAUGAUUAUAAUCAACAUGUAAUGAAUGAUCAAGAUUAUAAUUCAUCGUUGUCACCACCAUUAUCAUCAUCAUCAUCAGCAACAGCAGCAACAACAUUAUCUAACAGAUGUAUUCAUUUUAUAUUAUGCUUAUCAUUUCCAAAAAUUUGUAUUACAAAGGUUAAUAUUCACUCUAGUUUAAUGUUGAAAUUUGAUCGACUUAUCUUCAUAGAUAUAGAUCAACCUGUUCAUUCAGGGAUUAUUCUUCCAGAAAUUUGUGGUUCUAAUGUUUGGCUUAGUCAAACUGGCGGUAAAUUAGUAUGUUAUGCAUGGAAUGAUUCAAAGUGUGAAAUUCACUCCUCCUCCUCCUCCUCUUCAUCAUCACCAUCAUUACCAUCAAGUUAUCUAAAAUUUCAUUCAUCCUGGUUUGUCCCUUCAUUGUUCAAUUCAGAAUCAUCUUUAGUAACUCAUUUCUUGAUUGGAAGUUCAAAACUAAUCAGUAAUCGUCCAGAGCCUUUGGUGGAAGAUGUUGAUGCAAGUAAACACGUUUGUGUUUGGACAUAUUUAGAACCAGAUGGAAAACUUGACUGUUGGUCAGCUUUUUCACAAACUCUAUUGAGAAGUAUCAAUUUAAUACAACAAUUGGAUAAUGAUAUGUUCACAGAGAACCUUUCAACAUUCGUUGGAUCAGUGAAUGCAAUGGAAUGGCUUAAUUCAUCAUCAAGUAUUCUUUUAUUAACAACCCAUGGUUACUUGAUUCAUAUUAACUUGAUGAAUACUAAUGUUUGUGGUAUUUCGACGACAGUCAGUUUAUCAAAAACGCCCAUGACAACUACCAAUGAUACUACGGUGUUGAGAGCAACAUCAACAACAACAACAGCAGCAGCACAAACAUCCUCGUCUUCUAUAUCACCAUCAUCACAAUCAUUUUGCCAGUUAUUUCAUUAUUAUGGAUCAUUUUCAAAUAAAGAUUUCUCUUUAAUUACUCCAUUAACAUCAUCAAUAUCUCAGAAAAAAAUGACAAAUUUUCCAAAACGUAUCAUCACUAUAAGUAAAGGUUAUUUAGAUCCUUUAAAUUGGAUCAAUCAUAGCUUUUCAUCAUCUUCUUCUUCUCGUUCAUUUACUGAUUCUACAUCUUUUCAAAGUGAUUUCAUCAAAUUGACAAUGUCCACUAAUAAAAAUCAUUCGAAUAUGAUUGAAUGUUUAAAUCAAGAGAAAUUUUAUUUAGCUAAAUUAUUUUCUGAUCAAUUUUUAUUUCCAUAA